UAUAACUCCUGCAUACGCGAUGAAGUUCUACUGCACGGAUUGCCUGCUCAAAUUUAACUGGAAUCAAGUAACAAGCGCUUUUUGGACACGAUAUCCAAACCCGUUCAGUCGACACGUGCUGUCUGAGGACAUCGUAAGCAGAUCAUUAGAAGGAGACAAGCUAGUUACUAAAAAACUAAUCACAAAGACAAACAGUCUACCAAGAUGGGCAGAGAGAUUUGUAAAUUCCAGGGUAGCGUGUAUUGUGGAGGAAUCUGUUGUUGACCCAGAGGCCAAAACUCUUACAACAUAUACAAGAAAUAUCACAUUUACAAGACUUAUGGUGGUAGAAGAAAAGUGUGUUUAUUCAGUACAUCCCAACAACAAAGAAUGGACAAUGUGCAAGAAAGAAUCUUGGAUAUCUUGUGGUAUUUUUGGUUUUGCAAGACCAGUUGAAAGAUUUGGAGUUGAAAGAUAUAAAUCAAAUUCAUCUAAGGCUCUAAAAGGUCUGAAUCAUGUGCUGGAGAAGCUAUAUAUUCCUGAAAGACUUUCAAGGCCACUCUCAAUCCCUGUGCCACAGAUGAGUUGAUAUGCCAGGUCAUCCUUCCUUCAAAUUAUGAUAUUUUGAAUCCAAAAUGUAGGAACAGGAAGUUUAUACUUUGUAAAUUUAUAACUUGUCAUACAGAUGGGGCUGCUUCAUUUCGUUACUGAUGCAGCAUAAACUAGGCACUGCCUACAAGGGGCAUGAAAUUUUUAUUUCUGCCACAUUGAGUGUUUAUCACUUUUUUGUGAAGAUCAGCUCGGAAAAAAUAUAUGUAUAUAUAAUUAUUAUAUAAAAAAGCAUUCAAAUAAAAACAAAAACAGUCAAUAUGGAGAACAGCAAGUUGCUGUGAGAAUUUUGGAAGCAAUUGCCUCCACACUAACUUGUUUGUCUUGGUUAAUAUGGGUUCAUUUUAUAAAGGGAUUGUCAUCAUCGAGGAAAGCAAUAAGGUGGAUAGGUAAUGUGCAGACUCUCUUCUCUCCACGCAACAACCAUUCAAUCCCUGUGCCAUGUAAAAAACAAUUUGGCAACUAAAAUUUCAUAUUGGGGUGUCAUUUUUUUAGAUUUUAGGUUGACAAAUGGUGACUUUGGAAAGAAGUGAACUUUGGGCCCUUGUCGAAAAUGUGAAAAAGCUGUACCAUGCUUCCCUAUUAACUCAGAAUUUAUUCACCUGAUUUUAAUGAUUUUACUACAAUGCUUCAGGUAACUCCCACUCACAACUCUCAGCUCAUUCAAA